AUGGUUAAUUUGUUGUUAAACUGGACUAUUGAUCCUCUUGUAUACGGAGAUUAUCCUCCAGAAAUGCGUCGUUAUCAUGGCAGUGAAUUACCUAGCUUCUCCACGGAGGAAACAGAGUGGAUUAAAGGCAGUAUUGACUUCAUUGGAAUUAAUCAUUAUUCAGCAAUAUAUGUCAAAGACUGCAUAUAUUCUAGCUGCAACCAGGCUGGGAAUCGUACGAUCCAAGGCUUUGUAGAGACAACUGGAGAGCGAGAUGGAGUUCCUACUGGAGAACCAACAGUAAUGCCAGCAUUUUUUGUAGUUCCAAGAGGCAUGGAGGAGAUCGUCAACUAUCUUAAGAACAGAUAUCAUAACAAGCCUAUGUUUGUGACUGAAAAUGGUUAUUCUCCGCCAGAGAAAGAAGAGGCACAAGUUCAAGACGUACUGCAUGAUGUGAAACGAAUUGAAUUUCACAAAGGAUACUUUGCUUCCUUGGCCCAAGCAAUAAGGAAUGGUGCUGAUGUACGUGGCUAUUUUGCGUGGUCAUUGAUGGACAACUUCGAAUGGAUACGUGGUUACAGCACAAGAUUUGGACUUCAUUACAUUGAUUGCCAAACAUUAAACCGGAUUCCAAAGCUUUCUGCUAAAUGGUACAAACGCUUUCUAACCAAAAGUAGCCCAAACAAUGAGGGAGCGGGGGCAUGGAUCAGAGAUGGGUGGAGCUUUGAUGGAAGAAUCGAUGAUAAGGAAUGUAAGGUCGGGAAAAUCAACGGUAAUGUGGGAGGCAGAUGA